GCACCUGCAGAAGCAUCGUCUGUCAAUAUUUUAGCAGAGGACUUUUAGGAAAUUAUAUUAGUUACAUGGAAAUAUCACAUAUAAAUAAAUAUUAACACACAUGUUGUGGUCAGAAGGACAUAGUAAUGCCGGGGAUAGUAUUAUUUCAGAGGAGGUGGUCAUUUGGAUCAGAUGAUUUAGUGGUUCCUGCUGUAGUGCUAUUGUUUAUGCACAUUGCAUGGGAAAUAGUACUAGCUGUUAUACUUGGAGUUGUAGAUUUUGAACCAGCAAAGAUGUGCUCUGUUGGACUUGUUAACUUAAAGAACUAUCUCCUUGGUUACCUUGUUAUGAUAUCUGUUGCCAUAGUGAUAGAAGUUAUUAUUUUCUGGGUCAGUUUGAGAGGAACCAUUCUACAUGCUGAACCCAGAGAUUGUAUGCAGUAUCUGCUUUAUACUAAAUUAGUUGUUGUUCUGUUUGAGUUUUCCUGGCAGAUAGUUGGUAUUUUAUGGUUAGUCAAACAUUACCAGAACUGUAAAUCAGAGUCUCCUAAGAAAGCUGCUUUAGCUAUAAUUGUUAUUAACUGGAUAGUAAUGUUGUCUAUAAUAAUAUCUACAUGGUGUACAUAUGACAUUGCUGGUAGGAAAUGGGUCAAAAUGAAGAGAUUCCAGGAAAGUCUGAAGGAGAAAACAAAACGAAAUAAAAGAAAUAGUGGACGUCGUAACUGGAGACAAAGGAAGGCCAUCAGAGCUUAUGAAGAAAGUUGGGAUAGAAGACUACAGUUAUUAUGCUGUUGUGUAGAAAGAAAAGGCAGAAACAGGAAUUCUAUAGCCGAGAUAGCAAAAUUACUACAAGAGUUUUUCCGUGAUUUAGAUGUUGUUCCAUCAGAUGUUUUUGCUGGAAUUGUGUUGCUAAGGAGACAUCAGAAGAUUCGAAUGAGACAUGUUGUAUCACAGUCAGAGAAUGAUGUAUACCAAUAUUUAUCAGGAGUCCCUAUUGUACCAAAAACAGAAUUCCUACAGCUGAGUCACCCAGACGUCAUGGAUGAGUACAACAAGGUCGUCCAUUACAUGAGGUUUGCAUUGGCAGCAUAUGGAUGGCCAGUCUUCAUGAUGACAAAUACUGGGUGUGGUCUAUGUAAAAUAACACCACAAUUAAGGUGUUGUUGUUCCUGUUGUGGAUUGAGGCACCCUAAGGGAGUAGAAUUAAUUGAUGAUAAUUGUUGCCAGUGUAAUUUUGCCGCAUUGUUACACCUGAGUGGACUGAAACAAGCUGAUUUGGUUUAUGUGACUUACCAUGUUGAUAUUGGUGAAACACCAUUUUAUGUUGCUCUGGACCACAAACACAAGAAAGUAAUUAUCUGUAUCAGAGGGACUCUAUCGCUGCAGGAUGUGUUAACAGAUUUAAAGGCUGAUGCUGAGAUUCUACCAUUAGACCCUAUAAAGGAAGAUUGGGUUGGACAUAAGGGCAUGGUUCAUGCAGCUGUUUACAUUAAGAAGAAGAUAAAAGAAGAUAUGGUUUUAUCACAGGCGUUUGGAAAGUGUUCUGAGAUUGGAGCAGAGAGAUAUGAUCUUGUUUUAGUAGGACAUUCUCUAGGUGCAGGAGCAGCAGUAAUACUAGCCAUACUACUACAGCAGGAAUAUCCUGGAUUACAUUGUUAUGCUUACUCCCCUCCUGGGGGCCUCCUAAGUGAAACUUGUGUAGAGCAGACUAAGUCCUUUAUAACUUCUGUUGUUGUAGGAAAAGAUGUUGUACCAAGAAUAGGACUGUUCCAAAUGGAAGUACUGCGUACAGAUUUAAUCAAUGUUAUAAAGAUGAGUAAUAACUCCAAGUGGAAGAUAAUAAUGAAAGGUAUAUGUUGUGGAUCCUCUGAGACAGACAAGAUGAAUCUUGAACAAGUCCGAAAUGAAAUAGAAGAACGAGAUCUUCACGCCCAUCCAUCAGAUGAUGACAUAACACUCGUAGCUCAUACACCGCUGUAUCCUCCUGGUAAAAUUAUACAUGUGGUCAGGAGUCAUCCUAAAAAUAAUGGGUCAAGUCUAUGUUGUGGUAAUAAUGAGCCAGUGUACCAAGCUAUCUGGGCUGACAACAGAAGUUUUGAUGAAGUGAUUGUCUCCCCUACAAUGAUAAAUGACCAUAUGCCUGAUUAUGUUAUGGAUGCAUUGGAAAAGGUUUUAGUUAAUGUAGCUCCACCAAAACCAAUCAGAACUUUAACAGAAGAUGAACGUCAGAAUUUAUUAAACAAUAGAACGCCUUCUGUUGAUUCUGUGCUAGGUCUGGGACAAGUGGAUAUCUUGAUAGAACCAGAGAUUGCAGAUCAAUCUUUAGGUCAUUUACCGGUUUAUGAUAUGAGUAACUAUCAUAAUGAAAAUGAAUAUUCAUUAGAUGCUGAAGGAAAUAUUGUUAUCACUAAAAAUAAACCAAAGAUGACCUUAAACCUGAAUGAAAAUACAGAUGCACCUUUAGCAAGUCCAGAAACUUUAUCAGACCGGUCAAGCCUAGCAAGCUCAGGUAGUUUGAAAAACAUUGUUAGCAGUAACCGUGACAGCUUACGGAAAUCGUUACAAAGUCCGUUAGAGACAAUACAACAAUCACCAAUGGUCAAAUCUCCUAACGAAACAAGCUUUGACAUGCCUUUUAUUAAACAAGAAUCAAAAACCAGUGAUAAUUCUGAUCAUGUGAUGACUGAUCAGUCAGAUGUGACAGAUAGUCAUGUGACUGAGCGUACCGAUAGUACCAAUACUGAUGACCAAUUAUUUGACAGACAUUCACCUGUAGAAAGUAAUUAUCAGGUAGAAUAUGGCAGUCCUAACUGUUUCUAUUCCCCUGCAGGACUAGGCUAUCCACACUUUAUAGACGACCAGGAACCAGAGGAAAUGAUGAGUGACAGCUCAGAGACAUCAGAAAUGAACCAGUUAAUAGAACAAGAAAGUGAAAAUAUUCACCAGCCGUUAAAAGUUUCUCACUCUGAAUGUGUGAAAAUACAGAAGAAACCUCUCCAGUGUUCUCAGUCCGAUUCUUAUCUACAAAGUUUGUCAGACAAGUACAAGAUGAGAAGGUCUAAGGAACAGGGAGAUAUUGCUCAUUUACAAGAUAUAAAUAACGUGUUUGAAGACUUAAUUCCCAUUCACGAUGUAAACUGUAAUCAACCAUUUAUUUGUACACACGAUCAGCAUAAUAGGUCACAUGGGUCAAUAUCAGCGGAGGAAGACUCUGAUAUGAGGAUGUCAACAUCACAUGUUCAGCGUAAUGGAUCACAUGGUUCGAUAUCAGCGGAGGAGGACUCUGAAUUAAGACUGUCCACAUCACAUUCGGAUGAUAUAUUUGAUAUGCCUAUUGAAGAAACUGAUGUGUGAAGUUCCAUAGGAUACUACUGUCUGUCAACAUAAUGUUCAUAAAAACUUGAUAACAUUGAUUUGUAGAGUGUGUUUUAAUAUCAUCUGAUUAUUUACUUAUUUCAUAUUUGUCAAGGCAUAAAAGUAAAUAUUUGCUGCUGUAGCACAUAAGCUCAAAUAAGUGUAAGAUAUUACCUAUGGUUGCUCACUCACCUGAUAACUGUAGGAUACAUUAGACAAAGGGACAUUUUUAGUGGUCUAAAACUAAUACACUCUUUAUCAGUAUUUUAAUAUUGUUAGUGUGAAAAUAUGUUGUAUGGUUUUUAUAUGGAUUUUUCGUUUCCACCCAUAUUAGGACAGAAAAUGUUACUUUUCUUUGAAAUAGAUGAAGCUUCUAAAUUUUGAGGUUGUUUUGUUCAAAGAAAAGAGAUGUUUCUUCUGUUUUCAUCUCAUAAAACAAACAAAAAAUGCUUUAUACAGAGAAUAUGUUUUUUAGAAAGAAUUUAUUAAAUUGAAAUUUGGAGAUUCUUAUUUUCACAAAACCUUCCCAUAACUGACAAAAGCACAAUAUUUCACAUGUUCUCUGGAUGCUUUAUUGAGGGGCAGUUUUAGAUAAAAAAAAUCCAACCUUUUUGUUUGAUAGGAUGUUCAUAUCUAUAUACAUGUUGUAUUAUAUCAUUUUUCAAUGCCUUUUAUAUCAUAUGUUGUUAGUUGUUAAGUUUGAUUUGUAAAAUUUUAUUUUUUUUAUGUUUCGGGAUUUUUGAUGGUGGUGUAUUUAUUCAAAAAAAAUUGUUGAUGUUUUCAUAUCCAUUUUUUUUUUUACGAGGUGCAUUUGAUAUUUGUUGUCACGUAUUUAUUUAUAAGAGAUGAAUUUGUGUUUUAAUAUCCAUGGUGGUGUUUAUAUAUAUCAUGUAUAUAAGAGAUAAAUAUCUGUUAUGAGUGAUGAUGUUCUGUUUCAUGUUUUAAAUCCUCCUGUCAACAGAUUGAUUAUUUAUUCUUUUGUUUUUUGGCUAUUGUCUUUAUAUAUAUAUAUAUUACAGAAAACUAUCAAAAUUGGUCCAAAUUUUAUCAAAUUGAAUUCUAGUCUUUAUUUCUGAUGCAUAUAGCAUUGUAUCUGCCAUUUCAUAAAAAAGUGUAAAUAUUCUUGAAUAUAAUUUAUUGGAUUAUUUAAAACCACUACAUUUUG